AGCAUAUCGCCGAUGGGAAGAAGUCACAGAAAUCGACAGAGUUGUUGCCAAGGGGCUUGUGGUAACUCGGUCAUGCGAACUGUUUGGUUUUGGUAAGGCCUUGAUGACCUUCAUGGGCGAUGUGGAGAGCACAUUGACGAAGGGCAUGUGGGAGGAUAAGACGGUGAAAGCGAAGAAGGAGAUCAUGAUCAUCAGAAACACUCAGUUCGUCGCAGAUAUUGUAGAGAGCGUGGAAGUCCUAGGAGUCGACAAGGGGACUGGGUGUCUCAAGAGUGGAGUACCGGCAGGUGUUGUUACGGAGGGCUUCGAUGACGGCUUGCAGAGUGGGGUUGGCACGGGUGAAUUGUUGCACUUCAGAAACGGUCAUGGCUUUUGGGGUGGUAUGAUCUGCUAA